GGCACUCCGGUCGCACGCUCAUCCGAGUGACCGAGUGCGUAGCGGUUUAGUCUGUGCGCCAGCCUUUCGUCAGACGGUCGCGGACGCGAGGGAUUGUCGGCGGCCAAAUUGAUCGUCCUUACGCGCGCCGCGAUGGUUCCGUUUGUGGUCCUGGCCGUCAUCUGCUCGGCGUACCUGUUUGCCAUCGGUCCGGGUUCCUCGUACGGUGCAAAAAUGAAUCAUCUCCAGAUACUAGACAGCCUGCUAAAGAAAAACUACGACAGACGAGCAACGCCGACGAACCACCUGAAUAAUGCUACUACCGUUCAUUGCGAGUUGUACAUCCGGAGUUUUGGAUCCAUUAGCCCAGUUACUAUGGAUUACGAGGUAGACCUGUACUUACGACAAAAGUGGCAAGAUGCAAGAUUACAACAUAAAGAUAUAACGGAAUCACUAGAUCUAAAUGAUCCAAAUUUAGUUAAAGCCAUCUGGAAACCUGAAGUUUACUUUCCAAAUGCAAAACAUGCAGAAUUCCAAUUUGUCACUGUACCCAACGUGUUGAUACGCAUCAAACCUGAUGGAGAUAUACUUUAUAUGCUCAGAUUGAAGUUGACAUUUUCAUGUAUGAUGGACUUGUCUAAAUUUCCGUUGGAUAACCAAAUUUGCACGAUGGAAGUGGCCAGUUUUUCAAAAACUAUUGAAGAACUUCGAUUGGAGUGGAAAAAUACAGAUCCUGUACUAAUGGCCAAAGGAUUGAGAAUGCCACAAUUUGAAAUUGUAAAUAUCGUGCCUUCCGACUGUCAAGAAUCUUUUCAAAUAGGCAAUUACAGUUGUCUAGUUGCCCAGUUCUAUCUAAGCCGUAGCGUGGGCUUCCAUUUGGUUCAGAGUUACUUGCCUACCAUGCUGAUUGUAGUCAUCUCCUGGGUGUCGUUUUGGAUGGACGUCGACUCCGUACCGGGCCGGACCACACUGGGAGUGACGACUCUGCUAGCUGUCGGUUCUCAAUCUUCGGGUAUCCAAAGUGGUCUACCGCAAGUCAGCUACGUCAAGGCCAUAGACGUGUGGAUGGGCACGUGUACAGCGUUCGUGUUUUGCGCAUUGCUAGAAUUCACGGUGGUUAACUAUAUGUGGAGAAAACUGAGACCAGACAUAUUAAGAAACAUAUUAACGGAACCGGUGAACGGUGGCACCGCGGGCCCAAAACCGUACGACGAAAAUCUACCCUCAUCGCCGGUCAUACCAGUCAGCGUGGUCAAAAAAAUCUUACAGCAAGAGUGUGCCUACUCUACGUCCGCAGAAACCAACACGGUGCUGGCGAGAAAAAUCGACGAAUACUCCAGACUAUUGUUCCCGGUCGCGUUCAUAGCGUUCAACGCGCUGUACUGGCCGUAUUAUUUACAAAACUAAACCGUCCCCGCACCGCCGCCGACGCCACAUCAACACCGGAAACACAGAAUACACACGACCCGACCACGUUUAAUAAAAACGCACCUAUAAAUAUAUAUUAUAUAUAUACCACUACACGUGACAUCUCCCAGUUACACUCGUGUAAUAACUAUAUAUUAUAUAAUAUAAUAGACAUAACAUUAUAAUAUUCAAAACGUUAUCAUCACCGCGGCCAUCCUCCUCCGUGCGUUUUCCCCCGACGAAAUCUUACCCAGAAAAAAAAAUAAUUAAACGGGCCCACGCCACUUCGAGUACGCACAUACGAGCCAGCCUCGCCGCGGGUACUUACACGACCUGCGGAAUGUCGAUAUAUUAUCUUGCUUCAGUGUAAUGGUACAUGAUAUUGUUAUCUGCCGCGUGACACAAUAUCGACAAGCGCGUCACGUAAGCGGCGUCGUCUUCGUCGUCGUGGUGUGAUAUAGAAGACGUUUUGUCCUUACGAAAAAUUUCGGCAUCCGGCCCGGCUCGUACGUUUUUUUUUUUAAACGUUUGAAUUCUUGUUUUCUACUUGACAAAGGCGACAGACGUUUACCAAUAACCCUUUCGUUACACAUCAUCACCUCGAUCCGCUCAACCGACCGCGUGGUUCUCGCGCUACAGACAUAUUAUAUAUUAUAUGAUAUUUAUACACGCACAAACCGCACGACAUCUGCAAUUUUAUACAACGCAGUCCACAAACAUAUUUUAAUAAUGCAUAUUUUAUUCAAAUUAUGAUUUUUUUUUAUAUAUAUUUAUUUUCUAGUGUAAUUUUAAUAAGGACAAUAUUUUCAAAUAUUUAGAUUUAGAGGAGAAUUGUAACUAUUUUUUUUUUUUUUUAAUUCGAAUUUACCUUUUUAAUGUAAACUGUUAAAAGGGUGGUUUUUUGUGUCAUCAUAAUCAUAAAUAGAAGAAAUUCAAACUAGGUGAACUUAUUAUGUACGCUAAGAAUAAAAUAGAUAGGUUUGGAAGAUUGGGUCUAAUAUCUAUAUUUAAAUUAAUCCAUUAACAUUUUAUAUAAUUUGUUAUAAUUCUCCGAGCCUAAUAUAAGUUCUAGACUAUACAUUAUAUUUGAUGUAAAACCAUUAUUAAGGACUAUUAUCCUUAGUCAUUAAUUUUAAUAACUCAGAAACUACUGAUUUAAAUUUAAAUUUAUAUAGGUAUUUAAAUAUUUUCAAAAAAAAAUGAUCUACUCAACAAUACUUACCAUAAAAUAUGGUCUAAAAUAAGUAUUUAAAAAUAUGGUGAUCCUUAAGUACACUAAUAAAUUAAAAAAUCAGAAUUUGAAUAAAUGCAUCGUUAAAAUAAACGGCGGUGAGCAUGCUUGGUUAAUUAUUCUCUAUAUAAUAUACACCGAGAAACCAUAAUCCACGAACUAUCUCCUAAAUUAUACUGCUUAAACGCAUAUAUGUACCACCACUCUAGGUUUUCGGCCUCUUUUGUUUUUUCUCUUAUUUUAAUUCUCGAUCCCGCCACGGCUCGUAUAAUACGAGACAAAUGGAAUACGCCUUAGGUUCUUAAGUUGUCCUCCAUGCAAUGAUUUUCUCAGUGAAUUGUGAGUCUUUUAAAAUAUAUUCUUUUGCACGCACAAUUUGAAAUUACUUUCUUGAAAAAAAAAUUAUUUAAAAAUACAGAAAUUUACCAGGAAAAUUACUAUGUACUAUGUAGUGAUGACAAAAGAAUCGCUCUGUAUAUCUAUGCGUACACAAUUACUAUACACGCCAAAUCGAAUUACACCGCAAUAAUAAUGAAAUUAUGUUAUGGUAAUUAUCGCGGUUUGUAUCUUUUCCUAAUAAUAAUAACUCAGUCCGUAAAACCCAAAAAUUAUAAUCUCCUUCAAUCCUUGUCGUUCGUUUGCUACGCGUUUUAAUUUACGCAGUAUUAUAUAAAAAUUCAUCUCAUGUAUCGUCCGUCCUCCUACAUAAAUUCUAUUUCAUCCGGUCACUUUUGAACCAGAAGCAAAAGUUUUAAUACAAAUUAAAUUUUUAACAUUUCGCAUCCAUUAUUUUUAUUAUUAUAAUUAUACGUUUCACUGUAAAUAUAAAUACACUUAUUUAUACAUUAAAUAUUAUUUUAAAAUAAGUUACCCUAUAAUACUUAUUUCAAACGGUUUUUAUGUUUGGAAUUUUGAAACUAAAAUUAUUUUUAAAGACUACCCCCCCCCCCCCCAUCAAACAUUUCACACUUAUAGGUAGGUAUUGAUUAAAAUAAAAUAUAUUAUUGUAUGACUAUAAUAUAUAUUAUAAUUCAAGUACGGAUUUUAAAGUACUCAAAACUAUAGUAAAAUAAUUUAAAAGAAGACAAUUAAGCUCUAAAUAUCAUUUAAAACAGAUAAAAAUGAGAACUUUCUAUAAAAUCAAUUUUAAAAAAAAAAACUUAUUAUUUAUAUUACGAGUAUUUUUAUAGUUUUAUACUAUACUGUAAUAUUUCUUUCAAUGAUCAAUAAACAGUAUUAGAUUAUUUAUAGAAAUUAAUGAAAUAAUAAUACUAAAAAAAAUUAUCUUAUAUUAAAUAUUCGUUUUCAAACAAAAUUCUUUGUAUAUCAGAUAAUACAUACCUAUUUAUAUUUUUAAAAACUACGUUAUUCGUAAACUAAUAAAGUUCGAUUCCAAUUUUAUAUAAAAAUUGAAAAAUAUUAAUUAUUUGUACUUCAAUUUUUUUUAAUAAAUAGUACUCUAAAAUUGAUUUAAGAUCUAUAAAUGUAUUAAAAAUAACAAAAAAAGUAUAAAAUCCACGAUAAACCAUAAAAAAAAAAUUAUACAUUUAUUGUACGUUAUAUAAAUCACAUAGUUUAGAUAUUAAAACUUUAUUUUGAACUGGUAGAAAAAAAACAAAUGUCUUUAAAAUCCGUACUUUAAUUAUAAUGCUAUAUUUAUUCAUUAUUUUAAAUGUUCUUCUUUCGGGUACGAAAGUUACGCAUUAUUAUCACUAUAUGGUCCACGAUUUUUAAAUGUCAUUGACGCUCGUUAUUGUAUUUAAUGUCUUGAGUAUGUUUUUUGUUAAUUUUUAAUACGACUCGCCUGAAUAUGUUUAAUAAUAAUUAGGAUAAUUGAGUAACUGUACAUAUUAAAAAUAACUGUUAACAUUAUAUUUUUAUUUUUUGUCACAUUCUACCCCUUUUAUACUCAACACAGUGAUGCAUUAUUUUUCAAUAUUCUGACCAAUUGGAAUACUAGUUUAUAAUAUUAUAUUGAUAUUUAAUUAAAUCCGUGGUCUGUUAGCAACAAGUUAUAAUUUUACUAAGAAAUCUAGCCAUUCCAAAUUUAAAUACUCGAACCUUUAGAAUACACUAUUAAAACUAAACUCAUCAACCUUACAAUUAAAUAUUCAUAGCGGUGGUGAGGGAAAAGAAUAGUUUAAACUUUAAAACCGUCGUUUUAUGUAUAAAAAUGAGUAUAAAUGUGAAUAAAGGUUUAAUCUUUUUUAAAAAUAUUUUUAUUUAUAAGUAUACCUAUUAUUAUAAUAUUAUACAUAAAUAUUAUAUAUUUUAUCAUGUGGUCCAAAAUAACUAUAUUAAUAACAUAAUCUCUCUACAUUAUUUUGUUUCAAUAAAAUACAAUUUUAAUCUACUCUCAAUUGACGGAAUCCGGCAAUAUACCGACUGCGCGGAAAGUGUAAUAUACAAUGUUCAAUAAUAUAAUAUGAAUUAUAAUAUUAUGUAAUGUCGAUAUAGAGUCUUAGAGUUGUAUAAUCCUAGAUUACCACUAUUAAUGUGUAAUUCGAUAGCGUUCUUUAUAUAGAUAAGUUAGAUUGUGUCUUAAUGUUGAAUUCGCAUGAUGAACAGCAGACACACUACAGGGUGUGAAAAUACGUAUAGUGGAGACGAGUUCGACGUGCUGUUGUCGCCGCUGUCGGUGGUGGACAACUGAACGUCUGAACGAGGUAAAUACUUUUAUAGUAUAGUAGUGAAAGACGGUUAGACACUUGUUGUAAACGAUGUUGAAAAAAUUAAGCGAUUAAACUAUCCGCAUACGCGUUGUGUCGGCCGGGCCCAGGUCCAAAAACCAUUCCAAAUCAGAAUUUUCGUGAAUCUUAUAAUAAGUAUUGUAUAUAAUAUGUAACUUUGAAACUCAAUAUAUACGAGGUGAUUUUUUUCAACGUAAUCGACUCAUUUUAUCUUAUAAAUUUCGUGUUUUGUUUUAAUUGCAUGUUUGAAACACUACUUUAUGACAACACUAUAUAAGUGAUUUUUAAGAUUUGUAGUUGAUUUUUAAAUAUGUACAAGCUAUAAACCUUUGUUUUUAAUUUUGCAUAAAAUUUAAAUAAAAGCAAAUUUUUUAGACAACGCCCCAUGUUUUUAUUUUUGUAGAUAUAUAUUAUACCUAUACAUUGUAAAAUUAUUCCAAAAAUAUCCGUUAAUCUCCGUGAAAUUAAAGAAUAUAUAAUGUGGUUCGAAGAUUAAAAAAAACGAAUAACAAAAUAUAAAUAAUUUAAAAUUUGAUUAUUUCAAAAUUAUAAACACGAACUAAUAAAAUGAUACUAUGUUUCGUUUAAAAAAAUCACUUUGUAUACACCGUACAGGGUGUAUCACGAUUGGAAACGCUACGUUUAAAGUAUGUGAUUUAAAUGUAAACAAAUCGAGAUCUUGGUGAUAUGCCCUAUUUUAUAAAAUACAAUUAUAUAUGAAUGGUACGAAUGGCUACCAUCUAAUCUAUUAUGUGCUAAAUUUAAUACUGUAGUUAGUAAUUUAUGACAUUAUGCGUCUAAACGGUUUAAAAAAAAUAUAUUAUAUGGUAACUAAUUAUUUUAUGUUAUUCUAUUUUAUGUGUUAAAUUAAAAUCUAUUUUAUUGGCUAAA